AUGACGGCCACAAAGAACAUCGCGCUCAUCACAGCGAGCACAAGAACCCCCAGAGUAGGCCCAAAGAUCGCUAGCCUAGUUCACGAGAUUAUCACCGGCGAUGUAGACGCCUCUCAAAAGACCAAAAUCACUCCUGUGGAUGUUGCAGAUUUCAACCUCCCUGUCUUUGACGAGACAAUUAUGCCAGCGCUGGUCCCUUCAAAGGGAAGUUUCACCAAGCCUCACGCGAUAGCCUGGAGUAGUGAGAUUGCCAAGUACGAUGGAUACAUCUUUGUCAUUCCUGAGUACAACCACGGGCUUGCUGGCGGCACCAAGAACGCCAUUGAUUAUCUGUACAACGAAUGGGUUGGCAAAGGUGUCGCAGUUAUCAGCUAUGGUAUCUUUGGAGGGACAUCAGCCAAUGAGCAGCUCAAUCAUGUACUGAAGGGCAUGAAACUUCAAGUGACUGAGACCAGUCCUGCUCUCGCGUUCCGUGACAACGUCGGUCCGGACUUGUGGUUGGCAGGGGCGGGAGAUCUUGGCGAAGACACAAAAAAGGACAUCAUUGCCCAAAGCCCGGAGAUUCUCAAAGCUUUUGCUGAGUUGAAGGAUUUGAUGAAUAAGGAAUCAUCAGGAGAGACUUAG